UUGUAACGCUUGUAACGCUUGUUACGCUUGUUACGCUUGUUACGCUUGUUUCGCUUGUUUAGACAUAUGUCAUCACUACGAGCCAUUCGCCCUACGCUCCCCAAAAGCAGCCCAAGACUAUAUUCGCUACCCUGGUCGCGGACACCCUUCCACUCCAUUCUCCCUGUGAUUGCCGUACAGCUGCAGUCUCCCGCUGUAGCUGGAGUAAGACUGGCGAGCCUAAGCCCCAUCACCACUGCCCGCCCCUCCUCGACUUUCUCCCGCACCACAACACAAUCGUCUCACAACACCACAGUUAAACCGUCACAGUCACGGACAGCACAGAUCGCCCGUCACUUCUCGGGUUCGUAUUCUUUAAAUUCUCCAUCUCCCUCCAGCCUGCCUGCUGGACACGAUUCUACAAAAAUGGCUCCUCAAUAUACCGUUCGCAAGAUUGGUGCUGCCAACACCCUCGAGCACCGCGUUUACAUCGAGAAGGAUGGCGUGCCCGUCUCACCCUUCCACGAUAUCCCCCUCUACGCCAACGAGCAGCAGACCAUCCUGAACAUGGUCGUUGAGAUCCCAAGAUGGACCAAUGGCAAGCUUGAGAUCUCCAAGGAGGAGCUCCUCAACCCCAUCAAGCAGGAUAUCAAGAAGGGCAAGCUCCGCUUCGUCCGCAACUGCUUCCCCCACAAGGGCUACCUCUGGAACUACGGCGCCUUCCCCCAGACCUGGGAAGACCCCAACGUCAUCCACCCCGAGACCAAGGCCAAGGGCGACAACGACCCUCUCGACGUGUGCGAGAUCGGCGAGCUCGUCGGCUACCCCGGCCAGGUCAAGCAGGUCAAGGUCCUCGGCGUCAUGGCGCUCCUCGACGAGGAGGAGACUGACUGGAAGGUCAUCGUCAUCGAUGUCAAUGACCCGCUGGCACCCAAGCUCAACGACGUCGAGGAUGUGGAGCGCCACCUCCCUGGCCUACUGAGGGCUACGAAUGAGUGGUUCCGCAUCUACAAGAUCCCAGAUGGAAAGCCUGAGAACCAGUUCGCUUUCACCGGCGAGUGCAAGAACAAGAAGUAUGCCAUGGAUGUCGUCCGUGAGUGCGCCGAGGCGUGGGAGAAGCUCAUCACCGGCAAGACCCAGCCCGGCGAGGUCUCUCUCACCAACGUCGCCGUCAAGAACUCCCCCAGCCGCAUCUCUCCCGAGCAGCUGCCGCCCAUCCCGCAGAACCAGGAGCUCGCCCCGGCACCAAUUGACCCAAGCAUCGACAAGUGGUUCUUCAUCUCUGGUGCUGCUAACUAGGCGCGCCCUGGUUGGGGAUGGUAUGGUGGUAGACCGAAGCAAUAGAUUUCUUUGUGGUCACACCUGCAGCUGGUGUCGUAGAUUUAGCUGAAUCUAAAACGAUGAUGUUGAGUCUUGUGAUUGUUUCUUAGAUUCGUCAAGAGUGCGUGAUUUUCAAUUCAGUAACAGCACACGGUACACCCAGCAUGCAAUAAGGGCAAAGCCAUCGAUCGAUUCCACGUCGUGACUGCCACACCAAACUCCCAAAACAAACCUAUGCACCCUAUCAUACACCUUUCUACGCCAUAGUCCCCAACCGUCUC